AUGUUCCCACUUGUUGUAGUUAGACCCUCCUGGUUGGUAAUAUUUUUGCGGUGCCGAACAAGCAGCGUGGCCGAUUUUUCACCUGCUGUAAAUAAUCCUAAUAUCAGUUUACGCUUUAUUCAGUCUUGUCAACAGGACGCGAGAGGCUCGUGUAAGCGUUCAAAUAACUAUAUUACUAUUAGAAUCGGCUGGAGAACAAACGGGCACGCUAGUGAAAAACGACUCCGAGGAAUUAAUAUGCCUAAAACCAAGAGUGAGACUAAUUCUGCUAGCCUCGGAACAACGGAGAAGACGGAUUCAGCUGCUGGAUUAGGCUUUUUCGUCACGUGGUCAAAAACAGUAGUAGCACACAACUAUGUACACUCGUGUAGUCUCCCUCGGUUGUUCUGUCGGAGGAAUUUGCGAGGCAUCAAAAUGAACUGUAUGAUUGAUAGCGUUGUUGAGAUACUGACUUCAUUAUCGAACCAGUAUUUUUACAGGAAAGUCAGAAAGAUGGGUGAUGCUAACCAAAUGGGUAUGUUUGCAAAUUAAUUGAUAUCGCUUCUCAGCGCGAGUUUCACGCAUUGUGCCUUCAUUUUUUCUGAGGAGAGGCUUUCUCAAAGGACUCCACAAGAUGAGAGCAUCGGACUCGUCCUCAGUUCACUUUUAUAAUAAU